CGCCGACUCCAAACCUUCGGCCCGCCAUCAUGGACGAUGAAGAGUACGAUGAAUGGGAGCUUAUGUACGGCAACGAUUUGGAGGCGGAGAACGAGAUGAAUGCGAUGGAGAUGGAACUGUCUACUCCUACUGCCGCUCCUCCGCCCAAGUCAGCUCCAGUCCUGGCGGCCCCAUCGUCGGCGACUGUGCCUGCAGUCGUAGUCGUGGCCGCCGACGAACCGCUCGAAAUGAAGGUGGACGUCGAGUAUAAACCUAACAACCUGGUCAAAGAAGUGAGAGAUGAAGAUCGCUACAUCAGUCGCCGUCCAUCGCUCGACACUCCGAGCAUUGCUUGCGUUUUAGCGUCUGGGGAGCGUGUGUUCAUUAAGAAGAAGGAGCACGAGUUUGCAUUUGAGAAAGCCGCCACCAACAAACCAGUACAAUGGAAGCUCGGGUCGUCCAUCAAGACGCUCCUGGAGAGCAUCAAUCAGCGAGCGAUCGAAGCCGUGGUGGAGGCCGAUCGGAGGCGCGAAGAGAACCAAGGCGGCGAACAUGCCGUCGAGGCAGUUAAAGAGUCCGAUCUGUGGCUGAACAAGUACAGUCCUCGGCACUUCAUCGACUUGCUGAGCGACGAGCGAACCAACCGGGAAGUGCUGACGUGGCUCAAAUCGUGGGACCCCGUCGUGUUUCCAUCUAAAUCAUCCAAAGCACCUUCCAAGGCCCUUCCCGACCAAUUGAAACCGCCGAAUGCUGAUAUUCGACCUGAACACAAGAUCAUCCUCAUCUGCGGACCGCCGGGGGCUGGGAAGACGACAUUAGCCAGCAUCGCCGCUCGACAUGCCGGGUACAAUCCCGUGGAAAUCAACGCCAGCGACGAUCGGUCGGCGGGGGUGCUCAAGGAAAAGAUCAUCAACGCCAUGGAAAUGCAAGCCAUCUUUGGCAACAACCGGCCGAAUUGCAUCAUUCUGGACGAGAUUGACGGCGCCAUGGGCGGACCCGACGGGAAGGGCGCCAUCUCCGCGAUCCAAGCGUUGAUUGCGGCGCCAUAUUCGUCUCGUACAAAGCCUUCCAAGCAGCAACAUGCAGCCGCCUCCAACAAGAAAGCGGCUGGAGGGCAGCAUCCAGUGAUCCGACCCAUCAUUUGCAUCUGCAACGACCAGUUUGCACCGGUGCUGCGGCCCCUGCGCAGACUCGCCAAGAUCUUUGUCAUGCACACGCCCGACCCGAGGCAACUCAUGCAGCGCAUGAAGUUCAUCUGCAAACAAGAAAACAUCCGCGCAUCCAACUCGCUUCUGUCCACUCUGUGUGAUCGCGCAGACAACGACGUGCGGUUCUGCUUAAACGCGCUCCAAUUCGCUAGCGCCAGGACGUCGGCGGCGCUGACAGUGUCCAUGAUCGACUCGAUGAUGGGGCGAAAAGAUGUGUCCAAGGGAGCGUUUGACGUGUGGGAUACAGUGUUCUUCGAGUCGAAAGAGCAGCAAAAAGACAAGUCGAACGCGUGCAUGCGAGUAUGUGACACGGCCGACCGGUUCGGCAGCCAUGAGCUCAUUCUCCACGGGUUGCACGACAACUUGCUGCCGCUAGUGUUCAACGACCCGACCUUGACAAAGAUCAACCACGCCCUCGAGUGGAUGGAGUUUGCCGACUUGUGUGACACCAAGGUGAAGAGCCACCAGCAGUUUGCGCUCUUGGCGUACUGCUCGAUGGCGGCCGUGGCCGUGUACCGGGCGUGCUGUACAAGCAGUCGGCGCCGCAUCGAGUACCCCAAGGCCCACUACGACCAUCGAAAACACGUGGAAACAAGUCAAAGCAUCAUGGACGCGUUCGUGGGGUCGGGGGUGGCGCUGCGGCUGGGGCGCCGCGUGCUGGCGGUGGACGUCGUGUCGAGUGUGGUGGCGAUGCUGAAUCCCGUGCUUACGCCUUCGCAGGACAAGCAGCCCAUGGACCAGCUCAUUGCGCGCAUGGCGUCGCUGCAGCUGUCGUACAAGCAGAUUCAAAUGCCAGGGGGGGUUGUCGAGUACCUGCUAGAGCCAUCGCUGGACAGACUAGUGCAGUACAAGGCACUCGAGCCACGUGUUCGAUUGCCAUUGGGCGUCCGCCAAACCAUGGCGAGGGAAGUAGACCUAGAAAACAUGCGCCGAGCCGACAAGGGAAGUCGUUUACCCGAUGACGUGGCAGCGCCAGACGUCGGUAUCGUCGACGUUGACCUAGAGGACGCGGUCGCUGUGCCAGAUGCAUCCAAUCCAUUUGGCCUCAAGAAACGAAAACGCGAAGCCCAAUCCCAUGCCAACGCCAAACGCUGGCCGGUGCGGUUCAAGUUUAACGAAGGCUUUACAAGCGGGAUUAAGCGUCCAGUCCUCGUCCAAGAUUUAUUGUAGUAACUAGGUAUUAAUAUACAAUAGUAACAAAUACAGUAAGGGCUG